AUGCUGCGCAGACAGGUCCCGGAAGAGGGCGGUGCUGUCCUGACCAGCGUGGUCCCCGGGCCAGAGAAGGGGGACUCCUACGGGAGCAUAGCCAGCCGCAGAGGCAGCUACCCGCUGCCCGGCCCCCCGCCCUGCUGCCCAGCCCAGGCUCAGUCUGCUGGUGCUGCCCAGCCCCAUGGCCUGAGAGUGGAAGGUGCCCCCCUCCCUGCCCCCCACAACACAGGGGCCGUCCAGCUCUUCUCCAGACUCUGGAGGCUGCACAGUGGGCACCCCUGGGUCCUGCCCAGGCUGCCUUCAGACCUAGCCCGGCCCACAGCCCAGGCGGGGCGCUCGGCGGCCGUGGCAGCCCCUGGAGCAGCUGGAGAGGGCCCAGCUGGCCCCGCCCCCAAGCGUGUCUGCCCAUGUGGCCAGACGCCACCACUCCUUGUCCCUUCCUUCCAGCCAGGUGGACACCAGGUGGCCGCCCACAAGGUGGGAAGCCCUGCCAAGCCCUGGAUCAGUGACCCCUCCCAGUAUCUGCCAGCUGUGCCCACGUUGGUGCUGGGGGUGGGGACACAGGUGGGGCGCCCACGGGUGGCAGGAGGACAGUGGCCCAGGUCACCGUCCUCAGUGACCAGGCCUCCCCUUCCUCACCCAACGGCACCUCUUGAGCCAGCGCCAGCACCAGCUGCUGUGCUGGAGGAUGGGGUGGGCAGGACACGCCCGGGAGACACAGGAAGGGGUUCCCCACAGACGGAGCGGCCCACCUCCUCACUCCCCAGCCCACUGCCCCGUCUGCCCCAAGCCACCGACAUCUCCCCAGGGGCCUGCAGCCGCGCCCACCUGUGCUCCCCCUGGCCAAUGCCACUCCCCACGCAGCACCAGGAAGACCCAUGUGAGAAACUGUGCUCCUGGGGCACGGCCCGGGAGCCUCAGCUGGAAAGCCAGGGGCCUGAGGGUGUGGCGUCCAGAGCCUUGCAACAGAUCAAGCCCCAGAGUCCUGCGGGGGGCCUCCUCCCUGAGCCCCCUACAGCUGCGGAACCACUGACCGCAGGCCAGCGUGACGUCCAGGAUGAGGAGAGCGCGGUGCACUACCUCCUCCUCGGCGCCCCCGGUCCGUGCUCUGCUGUUGGCGCAGAGGACCUGCGUCUGCAGCUGCCCCUGCAGGAGCUGCCCAGCCAGGCCUCCAACUGGAUGGCCAGCCCACUGGAGCAGCUGGGCGUCUCCAACAUCCUUCUGGAGGAAGUGCCUGACGUGUCCCCCGAGUCCUACUCCUGCCAGUUCACAGCCAGUAAGCUGUCCAGGGUCCUCGGCAGUGGCGACCUGGACGCCUUCUUCCCCAGCACCGCAAGGCACCACAUUCUGUUUGAGAUCCUGGCCAAGACCCCCUACGGCCACAAGAAAAAAGGCUUGCUUGGGAUCGACCAGCUGCUGGGGGAGGCUGUCUUCAGCGCAGCCCUCCCCCUGCAUGACAUGAAUCCUGGGCGUCUGGUGGGGGAGGAUGCCCGGACCAUCCUGGGAUCUCCCUGCCCGAUGGCUUCUCAUCCCCAGGGCCCCUUGGUGGUGCCCCUAGAGAGUCCGCGGGCUCUGGGCCUCAGCCAGCAGCAGGUGCUGCUCCAGCGCUGGGCCCGCGGGCACCAGUGGAACGAGUACCAGCCUCUGGACCAGGUGCGCCGGUCCGGGGAGAAGACGGCUGCCCCUUUCACCUGGCUCGGGCUCUGCCCAGGCUGGCUCCUGCCAGCAGCAGUGGUGGGCACACUGGUGGUGUUCCUGGCGGGCUGUUUCGUGGUGUUCUCAGGCACACCUACCUAAGAGCUGUGUGGCAGCAGCAGCGUCAAGAUGUGCCUGCUCUGCCAUGAUUGCCCUUUCUGGCUGCUCUCCAGCGCCUGUGCCCUGGUCCAGGCUGGCCAGCCCUUGGACCACCACCAUGGUGGCACCGUCUUCUUCAGCCUGUUCAUGGCGCUGUGGGCCGUGUCUCUUGGGAUGCUGGAGUGCAAGAGCACCAUGCAGGCCCACCCCUGGGGCUGCUCCAACCGUGAGGACAUCGUGGAGAGGCCGUGGCCUCAGGUGGCCGCCUCAGCUCCCACAACAGCCCUGAGCCCCACCGCCGGUGAGGACGAGCCCUACUUCCCCAAGAGGAGCCGCCUGCUGGUGCUGGCCGGCUCCGUGGUGGUCAUGACGAUGGUGGCCGUGAUGGUCAUGUGCCUGGUGUCCGUCAUCCUGUACAGGGCCAUCCUGGCCAUCCUGGUGUCCAGGUCAAACAACACGCUCCUCGCAGCCUGGUCGUCAUGCAUCACCAGCCUCAUGGGGUCCAUCCUGAACCUCAUCUUCACCCUCAUCCUCUCCAAGACCUAUGUGGCCGUGGCCCUGGCCCAUGUCCUGACAAAAUGGGAGAUGCAUCGGACCCAGACCAAGUUCGAGGACGCCUUCCCCCUCAAGGUGUUCAUCAACUCCUGCUCCUGGCCCAUCUGCAUCGCCUUCUGCAAGGGCAGGUUCGUGGGCUAUCCGGGCAACGGCCACAUCCUGCUUGGGGUCCGCAACCAGGCGUGUGUAGCUGGAGGCUGCCUCAUUGAGUUGGCACAGGAACUCCUGGUCAUCACAGUGGGCAAGCAGAUCAUCAACAACGUGCAGGAGAUUCUUGUUCCGAAGCUAGAGGACUGGUGGCAGAAAUUCUGGCUCCGCUCCAAGAAGAGGAGGGUGGGGGCUUCCAUGGUGGCUGGCCAGGUGCCCUGGGAGGCGGACUACAAACUUCUACCCUGCGAGGACCUGUUUGACGAAUAUCUAGGGAUGGGUAGGCGCCCUAGUGGUGGCGGCAGCCGUGGCUAUCACCGUGGGUGGGAGGGGUGCCAGGCUUCCAGGGAGGAUGCGGGACACCGCUCCCCAGCCGUCUGCCUGGCCUUCGUCAUCGUGUGGGUGGGGGUGCCCUCUCCCACCACUCACACCAGCCCUGCUCCCGCCAGCCGGGUCCUCGACCUUGUGGUCCCCGACAUCCCUGAGUCUGUGGAGAUCGAGGUGAAAUGGGAGUGCUGCUUGGCCGAGCAGGCGCUGGCCGGGAAUGAGGCUCUUUUUGGACCAGACGGAGGCGAAGUGGACCAGCCCUCAGGCUCAGAGGUGAGUCUGGGCCCACAAGCCUAGGCUGCCAGGAGCCAGCCAGCAGGGCCUCCCCAGCACCCUCCCUCCAAGGUCACAGGGUUCAUCGGAGACCCGCAGCUGAGGGGCCUGCAGCCAAGCCCAGCUGGGGGCAGAGGGAUGGGGAGCGGUCCGAGGCUCACCCGCGGAGAGGCCACAGCCCAGUCCCUGGCCCUCUGGCCCAGAGUUGCCAGGCCCUUGGCCGCCUCAGGCCUCUGCUCCUGUGCCCUGUCCCAGGUCCUGUGGGAGUCCCCCAGGCCAGCUGACUACAGCAGCACCACCUGAGGGCUGGGGCACACCGUGCCCAGGGGGGCCAGGGGUAUCCCGCACCCGCGGCUUGUCGGGUAGCUGCCCUGUGCCGUCCCCACUCCAGUCUCCUGACUCAACGCAGGGUGGAAUGGCUCCACACCUGAGACGCUGCCUCCGUCACCCACCGCCCUCUGCCGGCUCCCUGCCCCUCAUCCCUGACUGGACCCCGACUGCCUCCCGGUUUACACGGCCCCUCGACGAGGCUUGUUUCCAGUCAGGUCAGUGGACGUGGGCCCUGCCCUCCCCCCGGCGCUCCCUGCACCUGCUCUCCCUCAAGUGGCAGUGUCCCCUCUGAGGCAGCCCCGCCCUCCUGC